UCGUUCAGUCGCUUUCAGACGAUCAUGCGCGCGUGUUGUUGCUGAGUUGAAGUCCCGAUCGCUGCUGCGCGUUGUCUACCUGAAGCACCGUCUCGGUUCCGUUAUCGCGAGAGAGAUAUUUGCGUGUGCGUGCUGGGAAUAAGUGGCUUCAAGUUUGCAAUCAAAACAUUGGGAAACCGAGGCUGUCUAAUUGCUGUGGGAAUCGGUCAACAAUCAGCGAAAACUUCCCAGAUUCCGGCAAUUUGAUUGUGGAUAAUUUUGUCGUGGCAGGUGAUCGUGUCGUGCGCGUCACGUCAGGCUUGUGAGGCUCGCGGAAGAUUAGGCUGUGCAGUAUGUCGGAGGCAGUUGUGAUGAAUCGGAUUUUUCGCUACUUUAUGAAGUUCCACGGGUACUUCAUUGCGUUCUGCACGAUCUUCUUCACGUCGGUGAUCAUCGUGACCUCGUUCACCGGGCGGAAUCUGCACGAGGAACCGUUCGUUAUCGAGGAGGAAUUUGAAGCGGUGCAGCGGUAUCCGAUACUGAUUCAGGUAGAAUCGGCCCUAUGGUUGUGUGCCUCUGUGAUAUUGGCCGUAGGCCUAUACAAGGAAAAUAAAUCAUUUCUCACCCCAUUCCUGGCGCUGUUCAUCAUCGAUGGGGCCGUCGUCGUCGUGCAGGAAAUACUGAACCUCUGCACCGGAAGACCAUCGGAACUGGCGACGAUCGAUACCCGCCAGUUGGUUGUUAUGAUUCUGGUCAACGUGUACGUGCUGGUCAGCCUGCUGGUGCUCUAUCGAAUGUUCGCCAAGGGACCCCCGCCCAUCAGUCAGAACAACUUCGUUCGGUUCGACAACGAGCGAGACAUUGAGGGACAGUUGCCGGCCGCAGGCGGCCAUCAACAACCGACAGCCCCCGCAAUCCGAAGCUAGUGACAAGGGUUGACUUCAUUUAGUACGGUAGGUUAAUUAGGAUGAAUUUUAAGUGAGUUUACGAAAUACAGAACUGUAUUGUAUCUUUGAGAGCGCGCGAUGGAUGAUCGGAGUUUAUUAGGCUCGGGUCACGACCUAUUUGAAGUGACAAAGUGGCAUUCGUAUUGUAAAUAUGUAUUUAAUUUGUAAGACAAUCAUUAAAUGUUGAACGAAAUUAUA